GAAGUCAUCUUGUCUCAUCAAGAUGCUCCUUUUAAGCCGGCAUUUUUAAGAGGGAGGUCCCUGCGAAGCAUAUACAAACACACAGCCAAGCAUCCACACUCACCCCACACGCUGCACUAGUAGCCAGCAGAGAACUGACCUAUUCCUUCACACAGAACAGGAAGUUGAAGUGACCUGACAUCAAGAUGGCAGCAAAGGGAGUUGGCAUGGCUAACAAAGGUCCAGCCUACGGCUUGAGUCGGCAGGUUCAGGAUAAGAUCGAUAGCAAGUAUGAUCCUGAGUUGGAGCAGAUCUUGGUGGAGUGGAUCAACCGUCAGUGUGGCUCCGGUGUGGGAAAGCCAGAACCAGGCAAACUGGGAUUCCAGGCCUGGCUGAAAGACGGACGUAUUCUGAGCGAACUGAUUAACAGUCUGUUUUCUGGAGACAAACCCGUAAAGAAGGUCGCCAGCCCAUCCAUGGCCUUCAAACAGAUGGAGCAGAUCUCCCAAUUUCUUAGCGCUGCCGAGAAGUAUGGGGUCACCAAGACUGACAUGUUCCAGACUGUGGACCUUUGGGAAGGUAAGGACCUGGCAGCGGUGCAGAGGACCCUGUCAGCUCUGGGCAGCUUGGCUGUCACAAAGGACGAAGGCACAUACAAUGGAGACCCUAACUGGUUCUUCAAGAAAUCACAGGAGAACAAGCGUGAGUUCAGCGACGACCAGCUGAAGGCGGGUAAAAAUGUGAUUGGCCUACAGAUGGGGUCCAAUAAGGGAGCCAGUCAGGAGGGCAUGAGCUAUGGAAGAGCCCGACAGAUCCUGUAAAAUCAGUCCCUUACACCUUCUUAGAGCCUGUAAGCAUCUAACCGGUCCACUGCAACCCCCCUUUCAUCAUAAAACCUUUUCUGCUUCAGAGUUUAGUUACUUUCCAACAAGUAGCCCCUAUUUCCUUGGACUAAACCUUUUAUGUAGAUGCUUCCACUGGUGACUAUCGCAGAGCUCACCAUGCUUAAUCCUUUCUACUGCAGUUAGGACCAGUACAACUGAAUGUUUGUAGUCUUAAGUGGAAACAGUAACCAUGAAAAUGACCAUAUGCCAAAGUCAAGCUGUUCCUUCCUUCUACAAGAUUUAAGAAACGGCAGUUAUUACAAAUAACUGACCAAUAUGCAUCUACCAUUUUCCACAAUGCUACACCUGCUGUAUCAGCGCCAAUAUUUUUGUACAUUGUCUUAUUAAAUAAUGACUUU